AUGGCCGCGGCGCGGCGGUGGCGGCGGAAAUGCAGGACGCGGGACGCGGUGCUGGCGCUGCUCCUCGUCUCGGUGCUCGCGCCCCUCGCGCUCUACAGCGGCGCGCCCAUCUCCGCCUUCUCCGGCCCCGCCCUGACUGGGAGCGCCUUCGGUCGCGAUCCCUCCAAUUUGAUUGCCCGGAAUGAGGCUGGGAAGCGUCUACGUUCUCUACGGCAGGACGAAUUAGGUGCGCUGAAGGAUCCUGUACGGACAGUUGCAUCUGAUGCAAGCGUGAAAAGGGAGGGCACGGCUAUUGCGGGUGUCCAGGGCAGUCAGCUGGGACAGGAUGGUGGAAUUCAGCAAGUUGUCACGGGGAGUAGUAUAGAUAUAUCAGGUGAAUCUGGGGGCAGUAAGGACAGCAGAGCGCGCAGCAUAGAUGACACGAAGCAGGCAUCAUAUGAUUCAAGUAAGAGAAAGCGCGUUGAUGAUGGGCUUAGUUCUUUGGAAGAAGGUGCUCAGUACAGAGAGCAGAGUGGCGUAAGCAAUGUUGGUGCAGCACGAGAUAACAAAGUUCGUGGACUGCACAAUGCUGGAUACCGUAAUGUCCCAUCGGAUAAGGAAAUUACUGAUGACAGACCAUCUGAGAAAAUUACUGGUGCAUUGAUAACUACCAGUAAUACUAGUUUUUCCACAACGUCUCCAGAUAAUACAAUACUUGUUAUGAAGGACCAGUUGAAAAGAGCAAGAAGAUACAAUCGAUUUCUACCUUCUAGAGGCAAUCAUGGAUUUGUAAAGGAUCUCAGAAGAAGGACCAGGGAUAUCCAGCAAGCACUGAGUGGUGCAACCGUCGAUAGGAAGUUACCAAAGAAUGUUCAUGAAAAAAUUAGAGCGAUGGAAUCAAUAUUAACCAAGAUCAAACAAGUUCAUGAUAACUGUGCGGCUGCUAUCGAUAAGCUUCAAACAGACCUCCACUCGACAGAGAACCAGCUCGAGGCUAAAAAGCAAGAGGCUAACUAUGUAGCACAGAUAGCAGCUAAAGCUCUACCAAAAAGGCUUCAUUGUCUUGCACUGCGGCUUACAAAUGAGUACUAUUCAUCCAGUUCCAGCGUUAAGCAUUUUCCAUAUGAAGAGAAAUUGGAAGAUCCAAAACUACAUCACUAUGCAUUAUUUUCAGACAAUGUACUCGCAGCCGCUGUGGUUGUGAAUUCAACUCUUGUACAUGCUAAGAAACCAGCAAACCAUGUCUUCCAUAUUGUGACAGAUAAGCUCAAUUAUGCUGCAAUGAGGAUGUGGUUCUUGGCGAAUCCCCCGGAUAAAGCUGCUAUUCAGGUUCAGAAAAUUGAAGAGUUUACAUGGCUAAAUUCGAGCUACAGUCCAGUCCUGAAGCAACUGGAGUCCCAUUUCAUGAUCAGUUACUACUUUAAUACGCCGGAGAAUAAACCUGAUAAAAAUCCCAAGUUCCGGAACCCCAAGUACCUGUCAAUUCUUAAUCAUCUGAGGUUUUAUCUUCCUGAGAUCUUCCCAAGACUUAACAAGGUGUUAUUUGUCGAUGAUGAUAUUGUAGUCCAGCAAGACUUGAGUCCACUUUGGUCGAUAGAUCUGAAAGGCAAGGUUAAUGGCGCUGUCCAAACCUGUGGGGAGGUUUUCCAUAGGUUUGAUAGGUACCUUAACUUCUCAAAUCCUCUUAUAGCCAAGAAGUUUGAUCGACGUGCAUGUGGCUGGGCAUAUGGCAUGAACAUGUUUGAUUUGUCCGAGUGGAGAAAGCAGAAUAUUACAAAUGUGUACCACUACUGGCAAGAACAGAAUGAACAUAGACUGCUGUGGAAGUUAGGAACACUCCCUGCUGGUCUGGUGACAUUCUGGAACCACACCUGCCCUCUCCAUCGCUCAUGGCAUCUGCUGGGCCUAGGAUACAAGCCGAACCUCAACCCAAAGGAUAUCGAGCAGGCAGCUGUUGUACACUACAAUGGGAAUCUGAAACCUUGGCUCGAGGUUGGAUUGCCAAAAUACCGCAAAUACUGGUCCAAGUAUGUCAAUUUUGACCAAGCGUUCAUAAGGGAGUGCAACAUACAUCCGUGAAUUUCUGCUGUGGAAUCGUGCGCAGAGGUUGCCGAGAUGAUUAGUCUAGAUUUUGUAGCUCUGUAGGUUGUUUCUUUCCUGGUAUAUAAUGUAAGUAGUUUAGAGUGUUUGUUUUGUUUGGUUAAUCUCUUGCCUGCUUAAUAAGAGUGCAUCCAAG